AUGAGAAAUUAUGGAUCCUCAUUCAGAAACUCCGGCCCGUAUACCAGCCCGGGUACGCCCGAGUACGGGCUCAACAGCUCGGACGACAAAAUGCCGAAGACAUGGAGCUCAGAGCGGGUCCCGCUGCCCAUCAGCAGCCGGAGGCAUACAGCCGCGCUCAUGCCGUUCAGCAGCGGGCGGGCCCCUCCCUCCAAGUGGGACGAUGCCGAGCGAUGGAUCACCAGCCCCAUAUCGGGCCAUGGAGGUUUUCUCAGGAGCCCGGUCGCCCAGGCCCACUACCGGAGGCCCAAGUCGAAGAGUGGGCCGCUGGGGCCUGCGGGCCCUGGAGCGUUCGAGGGCGGGGGUGGUACUGCUAGGAGGUUCGCCGUGACCAACUCGCCCCUCACGACUGGGGUAUUGGUCCCUGAACGAGUUUUAGCCGUUGGCUAUGGAAGUGGGCCCGGCGUGAAGCCCGGUUCUUUGUAUUGUGAGGGUGGUAAUAGCUUGCCGAGGUGUGGGAGUGGGCCGGGCUUGUCGGAUUUGGCUAGUGAGGGUUCCCUGCCAAGUUCUCGAGACGGUAAAAUGGAUGGUUCGAAGGAGGACGAAGGUCAACUUUCACGUCGGGAUAUGGCAACUCAAAUGAGCUCCCAAGGUAGCAAUCGUUCGUCUUCAAUGGGAAGGCUAUCUUUUUCAAAUUUGUCUCGCCCAAUUCCUACUUCAGAGAAGCGUGGGCACGAAAAUCCAUCUGCAAAGGAUGAAAUUAGAGAUGUCCAAGUGGACAAAGGCACCACCACUAUCACUAGGCACCCGAAGAAAAAAGGACACAAGAAGAAGGAGAAGGAGAAGGGCUCAUCGAAUGUCGAGGGCUUGAAUUCUUGGAAUGUUGCUGAACCAUCGAAAGACAUAUCCAAAUUGCAAAGGGAAGAAGCGAAGAUAACUGCUUGGGAGAAUUUGCAGAAGGCAAAAGCUGAGGCUGCCAUUCGGAAACUUGAGAUGAAACUAGAAAAGAAGAGGUCGGCCUCGAUGGACAGAAUAAUGAACAAGGUUAAAGGGGCACAUGCGAAAGCUCAGGCCAUGAGAGACUUGCUCUCGGACCAACCUCCAAGGCCUUCAGGCAAAGGGUUUUGUAUAUACAUCAGGAUUUGUUCAUCCUGUACAUGUUUUCUUUGCAGCAAGCGUUGA